AUGAGAAAGAAUCAUGAGUUUUGGAAUACGCAACCUGUUGACAAGAAUGGGGUAGGGAUUAUACCAAACGGAACGUCAGGAUCCUUAGAACAGCCGAAACUCCCUGAUGGAUUCAGAUUUGAGGACCUUCGAUGUAUUGAAGAAGUUACCGAGUUCCUCGAGAAGAACUAUGUGGAGGAUGUUCAUGCUGAACAUAUGCUUAGGUAUUCUUCAAAUUUUCUAAAAUGGGUAAUCGACUGCGGAGGCGAAAAGAAGAAGUAUUGCAUUGUACUUCGGCUAUGUGGGAGAAUGGUAGGAUUUAUAUUUGGCAAAGAACACCAUGUUGUUAUCCGAGGAGAGAAAAAUAGAGCGAUUGGAGUGAACUUUCUGUGCGUUGCCCAGGAAAUGCGAGGAAGAAGAUUAGCACCGAUACUCAUAAAGGAGAUCACAAGGCGUGCGAAUGUGGAUGGGAUUUUCAAGGGAGUAUUUACAAGUGGAACGGAGUUAUUUUUCAACGUCUCCCAUGGUAGAUAUUAUCAUCGGCCCUUGAAUGCAGAGAAUCUAUUCAUGAGUAGGUUCAGUGAUCGGAUAAUGAAGAUUAGAGAAACUCGGGUGAGAAGAGGAACAAGGAUUGCAGAAGAAAGGGAUAUGAAGGAGAUUGAAAGGCUGUAUAUGGAGGAGAGCAAGCGGUAUAUGCUCUACGAAGAAAUGGGGUCUUCGGAUAUAAUAUCUGCAUUAAAACCUGUAAAAAAUGUAGUAUACACGUAUGUGCAUGAGGAUGAUGGCUGUAUUGAUGGAUUCGGGGCGUUUCUUAUAAUUGAAACAAUCGAAAAGAAAAGCAGGCGUAGUGUACAGGGAGGAUACUUAUAUUACAGAGGAGGAAAAGACAAUACAAAGAUGGUUGAAGACCUUAUAUAUUUUGCACAAAAGGAAGGAUGUGAUGUGUUCAACUGUCUUGACAUAAUGGAGAAUUCGCUGUUUUUGGAAGGUCUUGGUUUUUUUCCUGGGAGUGGAGAGCUUCGAUAUUAUUUGUACAACUGGAGUAGUGGAGAAGUACCAAAAGACAAAGUGUUUUUUAUUCUACCAUGA